AUGCGUAUCAUCAAUACUUUGGCUCUACUGAGCACACCUUUGAUUCUGCCAGUAGUAUCAGAGGAUCCGUCCGCCAUUUUCCCCCUCAGCAGCAACACGGAGUUCUCCUUCGUCUUGGAGACGGUCCUAUCGCUCAGCAAUAAUCAGGGUGCUCAGACUGGCGAGGUCUUGCGAGCAGCAAGCCAAAUCGUCCCAAAUGACUUUGAGAGCUGGUAUAAAGAGUUUCUGUUCUUGGGUGAUUCCAUUCAUGCGAAGGCCGCUGCAAUCAACGCCUCGCGCUUCCCAGCCUCGGCUCGAUCGGCUUACUUUCGCUCUUCCACUUACUACCGCUUUGCUCCUUUCUUCCUGCAUGCGAAUGCAAGUGAUCCACGAAUCAAUGAGAUCGGAGCUCGCUCUGUUGCGGACUUCGACAAAGCUGCGGCCCUGCUUCCUCGGCCCGCCAUCAAGGCCAAUCUCUCGGCCUCUAGUCCCAACGUUCCGAAUGAACAUUUCUCCGUGCCUGUCAGGUUCUUCGAAGGACAGUCAGUUAAGAAGCGACUACCUACAAUCAUCGUCGGAACUGGAUACGACGGUACACAGGAGGACCUAUUCCACGAGAUGGGCGUUGAGAUCCUAGCUCGCGGUUGGAACGUCAUUACCUACGAGGGGCCUGGCCAGCCAACCGUUCUCCGCGAGCAGAAUCUCGGCUUCAUUCCAGAUUGGUGGAACGUUGUCACGCCAAUCGUGGACUACCUGGCCACUCGCUGCGACGUCGAAAUGAACCAGGUUGCGCUGGUGGGCAUUUCCUUCGGCGGCCAACUUGCUCCACUCGCUGCAUCACACGAGCCCCGUCUGUCCGCCGUGCUAUCUAUCGACGGCUUGAGUGACAUGUAUUCGGUCUUUGCAAGUCAGUUCCCGUCUACGCUAUUGGACCUCUACAACAAUGGCCAUUAUGCCGAGUUUGACGAGGCCCUCCUCGCCACGAUACACAACACCUCUGUCCCAACUCAGUUGCGCUGGAUCCUCGCCCAAUCGUUGUUCUCAUUCAAUACAGACAGUCCUUCCGAUUGGUGGCGUCGUUUGCCCGCAUUUGCCGCCAACGAAACUGUACUUCAUCAUAUCAAAUAUCCUGCCUUCAUUGGCAAAGGCGAGGAUGAUAGCUCUGCACCGAGCCAACCCGAAGAAAUGAUCAAAUGGCUAGGAAAUAAAGGUACCUUCAACCUCUUCCGCACGGAUCUUGGUGCUGGCGAACACUGUCAGAUCGGGGCCGAAGCCCAGUUGACCCAAGUCACAUUGGACUGGUUGGCCGAUGUCUGGGACCAUGUUACAUUGCCAGCGAAUUUGACCAGCGGUACGUAUUGA